UCUUCUUAUUAUUAGUAUUUUAUUGCUCAUUUCACCUUUAUAAAUACCAUGCCCAGUUCUACCUUCAUACUCAGAUCUUGCAAACUAUCACACUCUUUAGCUACAUAUUCAUCUACCCUUUUCCCCAUUUCUGUCUUGAAAGCUUCUUUAACAUAUACAAAUGGCAGGCGUUUGGGUUUUCAAAGAUGGGGUUGUUCGCUUGGUUGAUGGUGAGUCCUCUCGCAGAGUGUUAGUGCAUAUUCCCACCAAUGAAGUUAUCACUUCUUACGCAGUUCUUGAGCGUAAACUCUUGGCUCUCGGAUGGGAGAGAUACUAUGACGAUCCUUCUCUUCUUCAGUUUCAUAAAAGAUCCACCGUCCAUCUUAUCUCUCUUCCUAAAGACUUCAACAAGUUCAAGUCCAUGCACAUGUACGACAUCGUUGUGAAGAAUCGCAACGUUUUCGAAGUUAGAGACAUGUAGUAGAUGGCAAGCCCUUUGGUCAGUGGAAUCUCUGGACAUGUUAGUAGUUUGUCUGUUUAUUUCUGACUUUACCAUGUGGGUUUAUUUCUAAGUUUCAUUGCUCUUAAUUAUAGUUUAGGGAAGUUAAUGUAUAAUUAAGUAAACAAGGGCUUGGUUGCUUGGAGUCAGUCAUAUUGAAAUCUUCUGUACAUUAUUACUACAGUCAUUGUCAAAAGUAAUGAGAAUGGUUUGCUCUCUGUGUGUUAA